GGUCAGAACCGGAAGACUUGCUAGGAGGCGGUGAUGCGGUAAAUCAAGGGGAGUUUCCUGUCUCACCGCAGGAAUGCCGGGUGGAGAGUAUGGGGAGCUCGGGGGCAGCCUCCCGGCCAUCGCCUCCCUGAACGCUUCCUACUCUACUUCACUGUCCCUACCUUCCCCGUACUUGUUUGUGCCGCCUGCAGAGCGCAAGGCCAUUUCUGACGUGCGUCGCACCUUCUGUCUCUUUGUGACGUUCGAUCUGCUCUUCAUCUCACUUCUCUGGAUUAUUGAGUUGAAUAUCUCCAGCACAAUCAAGGAAAGUUUAGAAAAUGAAGUGGUCCACUAUAACUUCAAGUUUUCCUUCUUUGACAUCUUUCUCCUUGCCGUGUUUCGUUUCCUGUGUCUACAAGUGGCUUAUGCUGCUUUUCGGUUAAGGCACUGGUGGGUUAUUGCGAUCACUACUUUGGUGACAAGUGCCUUCCUUGUUGUUAAGGUCAUCAUAUCCAAUCUCCUUUCCCAGAAUGCCUUUGGAUAUGUUUUACCCAUCACCUCUUUUGUUGUGGCUUGGUUGGAGACCUGGUUUCUUGACUUCAAGGUGCUCACACAGGAGGCAGAUGAUGAAAGAGCCUACCUAGCAGCGGUGAACGCAGCCUGUGAACGUGCGCCCAUGAUCUACCCCCGCGCUGUUUCAGACGGACAGUUCUACUCUCCGCCUGAAUCUGUGGCGGGCUCUGAAGAGGAUCUGAGUGAGGAGGGUCUUGGGCGCAGAGCUGUCUCUGCUCAGGAGAAGGAGUACGUCAGACAAGGUCAUGAGGCCAUGUCUGUGGUGGAGCAGAUAUUAAACCAGGAGGACAACUGGAAAUUUGAAAAAAACAAUGACAUGGGAGACUCUGUCUACACCCUGGAGAUUCCCUUCCAUGGAAAGACUUUCAUUCUCAAGGCCUUUAUGCAGUGUCCUGCUGAGCUUGUGUAUCAGGAGGUAAUUCUGCAGCCAGAGAAAAUGGUGCACUGGAACAAAACUGUCUCUGUCUGCCAGAUCCUUCAGAGGGUUGACGACAACACUUUAGUAUCAUAUGACGUUUCUGCUGGAGCAGCAGGGGGAGUCGUGUCUGCGAGGGACUUUGUUAAUGUUCGACGGGUGGAACGUAAACGAGACUGCUACCUGUCUGCUGGCAUGGCAACCAACCAUGACGCCAAACCUCCGAGCGGUCGCUACGUCAGGGGAGAGAACGGGCCGGGAGGGUUUGUGGUCCUCAAAUCCAGCAGUAACCCGUCCGUCUGCACCUUCAUCUGGGUCCUCAACACAGACUUGAAGGGCCGUCUACCCCGCUACCUCAUCCACCAGAGUCUUGCUGCCACCAUGUUUGAAUUCAUGUCUCAUUUACGCCAACGUAUCGCAGACCUGCGGCCUUCUCACCGCUCCCACCACCACCACACUUAAAACAGGAGAGAUAUCUAACUGUGCCACAGCUGGUUGGGAGGCACGACUGUUUUGUUUUUGGGUUUUUUUGUUUCGAUUUGUUGUUUUUUUAAAUCAUUCAUGAGCCCUGAAAACGAGCGUAGCAGUACCCUUGUGAUGCACCUCAGCUGAAGGGAUGUGCUACACUAACUGAAAAGACUGCACUUCUAAGCAUAGGAGAUGUGAGACAUGUGACCACACAUUCACCACAUUUCAGUCACAUGAGAAAAGGAGUCAUUUGGUUGUCAGAGACGAUGUGCCUCCUUAUUCUCAAAUUUCAAAAAUGUUUUUUUUUUUUUUUUUGUGAUCACAUACAUAUUUUUGGGUGGACCUGUGAUUAUUUUGCCAUGUCGCUCACUGUGCAAUGAGAACUGUUGUCUGUUUUCUUGAGGCAGGGUGGACUUUACUCAAACAAGAAGACGUGGAUGGAAGAUGGAAGUGAUCCUCACGGUGUGGGCAUCUGUCUUACUUGUUGAAAAAAGAACUGAAAGAACUGAUGCAAUGGCAUGACUGAGCCUUAUCUUAUUACACAUGUUGUUAGCCAUUGAUUUGCUGCUUUUGUUUUUCUUUUUUUCCCCAUUAUGUUCACUUUUUUUUUUUUUGUCUGUGUGUUUUCACUGCAGUGGCUUAAAAAUGUUUCUCUGGUGCACCUGCCCUAAAAUGAACUUCACAGUCAUAUCUUCAAGAAACACGUAGUUUCAGUGGGUAAAAGCUGUUUCCACACGGUUUGUUUUUCCUUAACUACACUGUGAUAGAGACGGAGAAAGAAGUCACUCGCUGUCAAAGUACCACUAGAGGGAGACACCACUGAUCCACCGAGUGAAAACCUCCUAGUUUGACAUCAUCCCCUUUCUCAGGGUCCAAAAAUCUGUCAUCUAACAUUUAAUCAAUUACUUUUACUGUUUUUUUUUUUUAUACUGCUUUUGUUUUGCAUUUUGAAAUCGGCCAGGUGGUAAGACCGGGUGACAAAUCAGGAGGCCGUCUGUUUGAGUAGCAACUGCAUGAACAAGCUCAGUCAGAAAAGAAAGAAGAUAAAAAAUAAUGUUCAUUAAUUAGCAUGCUGUGCUAAAGCUAUCUUUUGUGCCAAUAACCUCAAGUGACCUUGUGGUAAAAAAAAAAAAAAAAGAAAGUUGUUACUGUACUGAUAUAAUUUCUAUUGACAUUAGUCCUGGC